AUGGUUCUCCGCCUAGGCGCAAUUCAGGUGCUGUUUCCGCCUAUCGGUCACCUCACGACCGUCCGUCAGAAUAGGGGAGACCAGGAAGGUUUAUUACUAUCACAAACCUACGAUGAAGCUAUACUAAGCACGUUGUCUAAUCAGACAAAUUUGAUAGUGCAAGACGAUACUAGAAAAAUACUUUCCAGGAAAAAACGAUUCCUUGUUUUCCCACUUGGUUCCAGUUUUUCGGUCGCAGCAUGUAUGACGGUCGGAGUGUACGGCAAUCCCAACUACAACAUGUUCAGUUGGGCGGUGAAUUGGGGCAUUGCGUACAAUUUGCCCAACGAGACGAUAAGCAUCCAGCGUGAUAUGAUGGAACCAAAGCCGAUGGCACAACGACGUCACCGUCGAGAUCUGUAUCAAAAAAUGGAAAUGGCAAUAAAUAGGAUGGGCUACAAUGGACGUGAAUGCGUUCUGCGAGCACUGUGCGAAAGUUCCCAGUUUUUCGGUAAAAAGGGCUCAAACAUGGCGGCAGAAAUGCUACGAAGCUUGUUCAGUUUUCCAAAGACUAGAGUUCUCUCGAUGGAGCCCGAUGAUAUAAGGAUUUACGAUGAAGCUCAUCGAAAAGGAAAGAGUCAAGUGAGGUGUGAAUCGAUGUAUCCAGUUUGUAGGUUUUCGCUAUUGGAAGUGGCGCUAGGCAAAUAUGCAAGUCCCUUGCGGUUUAUGUGA